AAAACGUCGGCGUCUCGAUCGAUAAUUUGUUUCGACGCCGACCGGUUCAAAAAGUACGGCGUCGCGAGAAAAUGUCGCGUUAAUAUUCGUAAUCUACACCCGCGUCGCAGACAUGAAGCUGAACAUAUCGUUCCCGGCGACGGGAUGCCAGAAACUGUUCGAGAUAGUCGACGACCACAAAAUCCGGAUCUUUUUCGACAAAAGGAUGGGAUCCGAGAUCUCGGGCGAUCCGCUCGGCUACGAGUGGAGGGGCUACGUGUUCAAAAUAACCGGCGGCAACGACAAGCAGGGUUUCCCGAUGAAACAGGGCGUGUUGACCAACGGUAGGGUGCGUCUGUUGCUAUCGGCGGGUCAUUCGUGUUUCCGACCACGUAGGGACGGAGAACGUAGGCGAAAAUCGGUCCGCGGUUGCAUCGUCGACGCCAACUUGAGCGUGUUGUCGCUCGUUAUCGUGAGGAAGGGCAACUGCGACAUACCGGGGCUCACGGAUACCAAUAUACCUAGACGGUUGGGCCCAAAGCGAGCGAACAAAAUCCGCAAGCUGUUUAACCUGACGAAACAGGACGACGUGAGACAGUACGUGGUCAAGAGACCGCUGCCGCCUAAAGAAGGUAAGGAGCAGAAGAAGCCGCGGUUCAAGGCGCCGAAGGUGCAGAGAUUGAUCACGCCCGAGGUGUUGCAACGCAAACGCCACAGGCUCGCGUUGAAGAAGAAACGCUGCUUGAAGCGAAAGGAAGAGAUGAACGCUUACAAGAAGCUUUUGGCGCAGAGGCAGAAGGAAACCAAGCAGAAGAAGCAAGAGGCGAAGAGACGCCGGUCCGCCAGCCUGCGGGAAAGCAAGAGCAGCGUCGGGAGCGCUUAAAGUGUACAUAAAGUGUGUGCCGACUUCUAUAUUUAUUUCAAUUCGCUGUUUGUUGUGAUUUAGUUUACUUCGACUGUUUUAGCGCAUACUUUCACUGUAUUAUAUGUUGGUGCUUAUUAAAUGUGUUUCGGCAAGGGCUACAUUAAAAUAUUCUGCG